AUGGGCGGCCACAGCAGCGCUUUACGGCUAAAAAGCCGUUCGACGACGGAUGUCGACCGUAUCCGCCCGUCCGCCGAGCAGCGGCUGGCGCCAAAGAAAAAGGGAAAAUUGAGUGUGCUAGCUGCGGCGUCUAGCCGCCAUUUUGCCAAGAUCAGCUUCAAGCGUAAAUCGGCGAAUCGCGAUAAAAUCCGGACGUUCCGCGACCUGAUCUCGACGUGGCCGUUGGAAGAUGCGGAGUCGCUGUUCCGCGAGAUGGACGCCAUGCGACAAAUAGCCGAGCUCUACGAGGCGGCGAACGCGGCUCGGCCGAGCGUUUCGACGAUUGGCGAGCAGUUGCUCGGCUCGAAAACACAAGCAAUGGAGCUGGUUUUUAAGGGCGAAACCCUGAAGGUGCACGGGCGACUUUUGAAAGUUCGGAGCGAAUUCAUCGCCGAAGCUGUCUCGGAGGGAACGACCGUAAUCGAGCUCUCCUCCCCGCUACACACCGUUACUGUGGACGAGUUACGCGAAUUCAUCCGCUUCAUCUACACCGAUUCUUGUAAUCUCAACCCCGACACGUUGCGCGUCAUUAAAGGAAUCUUAAAGGUGAAAAACCCGCUGGCCGUCGACCUGCAAAAACUGCAAGAGGCCGCGGAACGGGAGGGCGAUUUCGUGAUUUCGCUGCAGCGGGGGAAACCCGGGAAAAAAAGCCGGCAAGACGAGUACACGCUGCGCCUCGACGCCGAGAUUAUUGCCGCGCGGUCCGAGCUGUUCGCUUCGCUGGUGAAGCGGAGAAACGGCGAGAAAGUGGUACUCGACGAGAACCUCCUCCCUCGAUCGUUUGCCCCCGUGCUUGUGCAUUAUUUGUAUCAGGACGAGCUGGAUUUGAACAAGAUAAUCCCCGGCGCGUCAAGCAGCGCUUCCUCGCUGAGCGAGGCCCGCGCGAUGGUCAGCGGCCAGUCAACGGACUCGGCCCUUCAGCAAGCUGGUCAUCUACUGCAUAUCGCGAGAUUUUUCGGGCUUCAUCGUCUCGUACAGCUAUGCGAAGACGUGAUCGUGGCGAGUCUGUCCGUCGAUAGUUGUGCAUCAAUCCUGGAUUGGGCCACGGACGGGGGAAGCCAUUAUGUGGCCAACAUGGCACGUGCAUAUUUGGCGUCCGAAUUCUCGCGCCUUGCCUCGACCCAUCACCUCUUUUACCUCGGCAUCGACCAGCUGGAGCAGGUGGUCGGCAACCACUUCUUGCAGUCAACGGAGGUCGAGGUGCUGGAGGCGGCGAUACGAUGGGGUGAGCACGAGCUGCUGAAGCGGAUGGAGAGCCGAGAGCCGAAUAUUGUGGCCGACACGUCGCACUCGAUCAGCCGGCGUGGCAUCCGGAAAAGCGAGGAGAGCGAGCGGGAGCUGAAGGAAAUUCUACUCCCAAUCUGCGGCCACAUCCGCACCGACUACAUUCUGCCCCCGUUCCACCAGUCGCUGAUCGGGGCCUACGGUAGAAGUCUCGUCGAGCGGUCUCCGCUAAAAGAUCUCGUGGUGUGCGCGUCGACAGCCGAGAUCAACCCGGAUCUCCACUGGUUCUGUCCGGAUCCACAGGCUUCGGGACCGCGAUUCUAUCGCCCAUACUUUGAGGUACUACGCAACCAUAUCAUCUCGUCAACUGAAGCCGGCUCGCCCGGGCCCUCAUCUCGGUACCCGACCGUCCGGAGUAGCGGAUCGGCCGGAGCCGCGCCGAUUAAGAUCAUCGUGGUCAAUUCCUUGCCGGGCGUCAUCAGCGACGAGCAAUUUCGGGAGACGAAACAGAAAAUUCUGGACGCCGUCGAGGCGGCCGAUUCGAAAUACGCGCUCCGCUUCAUGCCACGCCCCUUUCACAAGCGGCUGGCGGUGGAAAUGGUUGUAACACGUACUCUUCGCGAGUUGGAAGUACACCCAGAGUCUGUUGAGGUACACAUUGCCGAGUGGGCCGAGUCGCAGGGCUCAACCUCGUCGAACUCGAGCAUCCGCCUGCAGCUGCACAGCAGCCAACCGGCCCUCCACUGGCCGGACAUUAUGACGCUGGAACGGAGGAAAAAGGCGCGCGACGUCGAAAACGCCGAAAGCCCGCGCGACGGCGCCGAGGAGACCCGCUCGCUGUACGAGCUG